UUUUUUUUUUUUUCGACAUCUUAGUGUGGCUGCAGUGGUCCACACUACUCUCUGAGUUUCGCCAUGCCGCCCAAAGACGACAAGAAGAAGAAGGAUGCCGGAAAGUCGGCCAAAAAAGACAAGGACCCAGUAAAUAAAUCUGGUGGCAAGGCCAAAAAGAAGAAGUGGUCCAAAGGCAAAGUUCGGGACAAGCUGAACAAUCUCGUCCUGUUUGACAAAGCUACUUACGACAAACUUUGUAAGGAAGUUCCCAACUAUAAGCUUAUUACUCCAGCUGUGGUCUCCGAGAGACUGAAGAUUCGAGGCUCUUUGGCCAGGGCAGCCCUUCAGGAGCUACUUAGUAAAGGACUUAUCAAGUUGGUUUCAAAGCACAGAGCCCAAGUAAUUUACACCAGAAACACAAAGGGUGGAGAUGCCCCAGCUGCUGAAGAUGCAUAAACAGAUUCAAUCAGCUGUACAUUUGGGAAAAUAAAACUUUAUUGAAUCAAAAAAAAAAAAAAAAAAAA